CUCGCUCCUCCUCUACAUUUUCUUUCUCCCACUCCUCUGACGCUCUCCUUCCAAUGGAAUCCACCGCCCUCCUCCGCCCCCUCCCCUCCCCUUCCUCUUUCUUCGUCAACCGUCCCCUCUCCGUCCGCCCACCUUCCUGCGCCAUCUUCCCUAUCCGCCGCCCGACCACUUCUUUACUCCGCCGUCGCUCCCCUUCCCUUUCUCCCCGCCCUCUCCCUAACCCUAACCCUAACCCUCACCCUCGCCAAAAAUCCCUCCUUUCCCUAAUCCGUGCAUCCUCCUCUUCGUCCCCUCCCCCACCACCUCCUUCUUCGCCACCUACUGCAGGGGUGAAGCCAUUGCCGCUAGCAAUCUCCGUCGCGAUCGGACUCCUUCUGCGCUUUAUCGUCCCCAAGCCCGUCGAGGUCACCCCCCAGGCGUGGCAGCUCCUCGCGAUUUUCUCCUCCACCAUUGCGGGGCUUGUUCUCAGUCCUCUCCCCGUCGGCGCGUGGGCAUUCAUCUGCCUCACCGUUUCCGUCAUCACUAAGACGCUCAGCUUCUCUGCGGCUUUCUCUGCAUUCACGAACGAGGUGAUAUGGCUGAUUGUGAUUUCCUUCUUUUUUGCUCGGGGUUUUGUGAAGACGGGAUUGGGGGAUCGGAUUGCUACUUAUUUUGUGAAGUGGCUGGGGAAAAGCACGCUAGGGCUUUCCUAUGGGCUUACAGUCAGUGAGGCGCUGAUUUCACCUGCAAUGCCGAGUACUACGGCAAGGGCUGGCGGGGUGUUCUUGCCGAUUAUCAAUUCUCUAUCUUUGUCGUCGGGGAGCAGACCUGGGGAGAAGUCGUCCAAGAAAUUGGGAUCGUAUCUGGUCAUGUCUCAAUUCCAGUCAGCAGGGAACUCCAGUGCUCUUUUUCUAACUGCUGCUGCUCAAAACCUAUUGUGCCUCAAGUUAGCUGAAGAAGUUGGGGUUGGGAUUGUAAAUCCAUGGGUAACUUGGUUUAAAGCUGCAAGUUUGCCUGCUAUCGUAUGCCUUCUCGCAACUCCAUAUCUUCUUUAUAAGAUGUAUCCUCCAGAAACUAAGGACACGCCCGAUGCACCUGCUUUGGCUGCUAAAAAGCUCGAACAGAUGGGACCUGUCACAAGAAAUGAAUGGGCUAUGGUUGCAACGAUGCUUCUUGCUGUUUCGUUGUGGGUUUUUGGAGAGGCUCUUGGUGUGGCGAGCGUAGUUGCUGCCAUGCUGGGAUUAUCAAUCUUGCUUUUGGUGGGCGUCUUAGAUUGGGAUGAUUGCUUAACUGAGCAUUCUGCAUGGGAUACAUUGGCUUGGUUUGCAGUAUUAGUUGGCAUGGCAGGCCAACUUACGAACCUUGGUAUUGUGUCGUGGAUGUCGAGCUGUGUGGCGAAGUCUCUGCAGUGUUUUUCAUUGAGCUGGCCGGUAGCCUUUGGCGUUCUUCAAGGAUCGUAUUUCCUCAUCCAUUAUCUUUUUGCGAGUCAAACCGGGCAUGUUGGAGCUCUUUACUCCGCAUUUCUCGCUAUGCAUGUUGCGGCGGGCGUGCCUGGCGUGUUGGCGGCACUAGCAUUGGCGUACAAUACGAAUCUGUUUGGCGCAAUAACACAUUAUAGCAGCGGACAGGCUGCGGUUUACUAUGGAGCUGGAUAUAUAGAUCUUCCGGACUUAUUCAGGCUGGGCUUUUUGACAGCCUUGAUUAACCUUACGGCCUGGGGAGUAGUUGGAGGCUUCUGGUGGAAACUGUUGGGCCUUUAUUAAUUGAUCCAACAUUUUUCAUCUCUACUGGUCAAUGAUUUAUUGAGACGGCUCUGAGUUUAUCUAAUUUUGAAAUUUUUUUUUGGGGAAAUUACAAUUAUGGCAACAUUUUAGUGAUGCUGCCUCGUGGUCUUCAUGGUCUGGGCCCAAAUGAUUAUGUUAAAUUUUUUAUUCAUUACAAUAAUUUGUAUGCUGCUUCCCAUCAUUAGUGAUAGCAGUACCAAUGAGAUACAUUAGUUCCUAAUAUGAUAAAUUUCUCUUUUAAUUUGUUUAUCAGUAUUUGAUUUUUCUAAAAUUAGUUUAGCUUGUAUUACAGAAUCUUUUG